UUCUCUAGCCUUUAUUCUUUUCCUCUAAUGAAAUUCUUAUUCGGCUGAACGACAUUCUUGAAGACAUAACAAUUGACGAAUUCGCGAUUUUAUGGAAAGGACGUUUUGAAGAAUGCCCGCGGCGGGACAGGCCAUUUCGCAUGUUGGUCUUCCGAAAAUGGAGGCAAAGCACGCAGCUGAGAAGGAACGGCGUUCAGGUGGUUGCAAUCCUGUUAAGAAAUCUGGACCUGUAACCAUGGAUCAUGUGCUUCUGGCAUCGCAAGAAACUAAGGAAGAGAGGGAGCUGAGGAUCCGCAGUCUGUUUAAUUUUUUCGACGUCGCCAAUGUUGGAUUUUUGGACUACACGCAGAUUGAGGCAGGUCUAUCCGCACUCCAGAUUCCUGCGGAACACAAAUAUGCAAAGGAGCUUCUAAAGGUCUGUGACGCAAAUAGCGAUGGUAAGGUUGAUUACCAGGAGUUCCGGCGAUACAUGGAUAACAAGGAGCUUGAGCUUUAUCGCAUCUUUCAAGCUAUUGACGUUGAGCACAAUGGCUGCAUUUUACCAGAAGAGCUUUGGGAUGCACUCGUAAGGGCAGGGAUUGAAAUUGACGAGGAGGAACUUGUGCAUUUUGUAGAACUUGUGGAUAAGGAUAACAAUGGAGUUAUAACUUUUGAAGAAUGGAGAGAUUUUCUUCUACUCUAUCCCCAUGAGGCCACUAUUGAGAACAUUUAUCAAUACUGGGAAAGGGUAUGUCUUGUAGAUAUUGGGGAGCAGGCUGUUAUUCCAGAGGGCAUCAGCAAGCAUGUGCAUGCAAGCAAAUACUUAAUUGCUGGGGGAGUUGCAGGAGCCACAUCUCGUACUGCAACUGCUCCUCUUGAUCGACUGAAGGUGGUUUUACAAGUUCAAACGACUUGUUCUCGUAUCCUGCCAGCUAUAAAGGACAUUUGGAGAGAAGGUGGUUUCUUAGGAUUUUUCCGAGGGAAUGGCCUAAAUGUCAUGAAGGUUGCACCUGAAAGUGCCAUAAAAUUUUAUAUUUACGAAAUUAUGAAGAAUAUGAUUGUCAAUGCUAAGGGGGAAGAUAAAGGUGAUAUAGGUACUGCUGGGCGUCUUGUUGCUGGAGGUUUGGCAGGUGCAGUAGCACAGACUACUAUUUACCCAAUGGAUCUUGUGAAAACCCGAUUACAAACUUAUGUUUGUGAAAGUGGAAAAGUUCCAAAACUCGGGGCUCUGUCAAAGGACAUAUUGGUACAGGAGGGUCCCCGAGCCUUCUAUAGGGGCCUCAUUCCAUCUCUCCUUGGGAUUAUACCUUAUGCAGGCAUAGAUCUUGCUGUGUAUGAGGCCUUGAAGGAUAUGUCGAAAACACAUAUUCUUCAUGAUAAUGAACCUGGUCCACUCAUGCAACUUGGGUGUGGCACAUUCUCUGGAGCUCUUGGAGCAACAUGUGUUUACCCAUUUCAAGUUAUCAGAACAAGGUUGCAAGCUCAACAUUCUAAUACUGAUGCUGCUUAUAAGGGGAUGUCAGAUGUAUUUUGGAGGACCCUCCAUCAUGAAGGUAUUAGGGGAUUCUACAGAGGAAUUUUUCCAAAUCUGCUCAAAGUUGUUCCAUCUGCAAGCAUUACAUAUCUUGUUUAUGAGACCAUGAAGAAGAGUCUAGAUCUUGAAUAAAGAUUUAUGUAGCUUUACCAUGAUUGACAAAGCUGACUGUAAAGUUGACAAUGCUGGUGAUGGCGUUGAUGAUGAUGAUGGCAAGAAUAAAGUCACUAAUGGAGUAGUUGAUAAUUUUAUAUUUAUUAAACGAUACAUGGUAUUUUUCCGGUCAGAAUAUGAGGUGCAUGGUUGUGUAGUCAAAAGCUUUUGGUGGGGCGUUUCAGCAAGUAACAACAAGAAAUUUCAAAAGUUACAUCCAAGUUAUAACAACUGAUUACCUUGUGACAGGGGCUGAUGGAACCAGCAGCUUUUAGAUUAUUUUUGCAAGGACAAAAUCAUGUUAUUCUUGACCAGCAGAGGCAUUUAAUCUCAAGAUUUGUAUCCAAUAAACUAUUACUGUAUGAUACAAAAGGGAUAUGAUGGGUGGAGAAAAGAAAAAAUAGGUUUCACUUAGUUUAUGAUUGUUUACUGAUUCAGUUGCCAUAAUAUAUCUGCCACUACAGAUUUUUUUUUUUUUUUUUAUUGUUUUGUCUACCUCAUAAAUUAUAUGGCCAUUUUCCAAAUUUCUUGCUUUGAUCUUCA